AAACCUACUCCAUUUAAUUAUACAUUUACUCCAUGUAACUCUUACCGAUGAGUAUUUGACUAUAAAAAAAGUUGGCAUGUUUACUUCCUCCGAUCCACAUCUCACUUCCGGAUAGAAUCAAAAGCUUAUCUGCAAGUAUUUGUUUGUGAGAUGCACAAUUAUUGGAGUUCAAGUUGGUCCUUCAAUAAGGAUUAAAAUGGAUUUGAGAAAUGGACGUCUUUGGAUGUAUAAUCGAGUCAAACCAGAAAGAAAGGGAUUGAUAGAUGAAUUUAAAGUUGGGGUAGAACAAUUUGUGAACUUUGCUUGCGCACAAGCAGUAUUUGUUGAGAAUGGUGUAAUUAGAUGCCCGUGUACCAAAGGUAGAAAUCAAAGCUACAAGAAUCCUGAAGAUGUAAAAGUCGACCUUUAUAAAUGGGGCUUCGAAUCAAACUAUUGGCACUGGACAUGUCAUGGGGAAGAGAUCCCACAUUUCACUCAAAGUGUGAAUGAUGUGUCACAUAUUGGGGAUGAAGGGAAUGACAUGUACGAAACAAUGGUACAUGAUAGUUUUCGGAUGAGCUCAACACCUAAUCAUCAAAAUGGAGAGUCUGAAGGGCCACAUGAAAGUGCCCAGAAGUUUUAUGACUUACUUGAUUUUGCACGACAACCAUUAUGGUCAGGAUGUACUACAGAUACCGAAUUAUCAUUUACAUUGAAGAUGAUGAGUAUAAAAGCAUCAUAUAACAUUGCACAGAAGGCAAUGGAUGAGAUGUUAGAUGCAUGUAGUCGAGCAAUGCCACAACCAAAUAAAGUACCGUCCAAUUUUUAUCAAGCAGAGAAAUUGGUCUCGAAACUUGGUCUCGGUCAUGUGAAAAUCGAUUGUUGUAUUAACGGUUGCAUGUUGUAUUACAAAGAGGAUAUUGAAAUGGGAAUGUGCAAAUUUUGUGGUGAGCCACGGUACAAAGAAAGUACAAUGAAUGAUAACAUACCCACUCACGAGAUGUAUAAAUGUUGGGUUUGUAUCAUAUCAACACUCCUCAAUCUAAAACUCUACAGGCUCUGCAGGUCUGAUUUAGAUUUUAUUACUGCUUUAGCUUGAGCUUUGAAAGUUUUUAUUAUCUUUUAUGUAAUAUUAUAUGGGUCUCAAUUUGAUUUUAGAACAGAUGGUUAGAACUACUAAUGGUGGACAAACUGGUAACAACUCAAGGCAAAUAACUUUGCCACCGCCUCUUAAUACAGAACGCUUCUGGCUUCCACGUGAUAGUAGACCAUUCAACCCACCUCCACCAAAUAAUACAAGUUCUUCAAGCGGUUCUUUAUCGAAUCAACCAGAAUCUCCAAAUAGCACAUCUACCUUGAGUGAGCCAAACCCAUCUCCAUGCUCAAAUGUUAAGAAGGAGAUUGUUCCUGAAGGCAAAACUGGGUAACAUAAAAAAGUAUUUUUAAUAAAUUUUACUUCGUAUAAGUUGGAUUGUAAUGUUGAUAUUAUAUAUAUAUUUCUUGAUGGCAUUCUGAAAUUUUUAAUUGUCAUAUUUAAUUCUACAUGAAAUGGCAAACACAGAUGCCUAUGAAUUGUUUAUGAAUGCUGCAACAGAUUCAUUCCAUGCUCAGCGAACAGAUAUUGUAACACCGCCCCCAAGUAUUUGUACUUUAUCAA